AUGAACAAAAGGCAAGAAGAUUUUCAGGCUUUCAUCGGCCUGAAAGGCAUCCGAAUCUCUGAAAAUCAAAUGAGAGAGGCAGACAAUCCGCAGUCGCAUUUGGGUUCUGAUUCAGCAAACGAAGAUAUAGAUUCAAUCGAGUUACCUGCUUCGCCCCUGCGUACGACUAAUGGACAGUCGAACUCGAAGUGCUCCCGGGAAGGAAAAAGUGGGGGAAGGAGAGUGUCGGCGUGGACUUCCGCCGCCGGGUUCCGCGAAUUCGGGGGAGUCGCGGCGGUGGCUGGAUUUGGGUGCGAAGAAGGACUGCAAAGCCGGCGACGCGUUAUGCCGUUGAUUGAAGGUUAG